CCCACACCGCCAAGAGUCACCCAUUCUGUCAAGAGUCACCCAUCCUGCCAAAUGUCACCCACCUUGCCAAGAGUCACCCACACCGCCAAGAGUCACCCAUCCUGUCAAGAGUCACCCAUUCUGUCAAGAGUCACCCAUCCUGCCAAAUGUCACCCACCUUGUCAAGAGUCACCCACACCGCCAAGAGUCACCCAUCCUGUCAAGAGUCAUCCAUCCUGCCAAAUGUCACCCACCUUGCCAAGAGUCACCCACCCUGUCGUCACUCACCCUGCCAAGAGUCACACAUCCUGCCAAAUGUCACCCACCUUGCCAAGAAGUCACCCACACAAUCUAGAGUCACCAACCCAGUCUAGAGUCACCCACACAGCCUUGAGUCAC